UGCCAAUUUUCUAACCUGAGAAAAUAUCUUGCAUAUGACAGUCUACAGUUAGCAGCUCCUUCUUAUCUUCUCGCUCUCUUGUUCUAUUCUUUCGUCCUACUUUGCUUGCUUGCUUUUGAUAAGGAGCAAUAGACAUGCAUUCUUUAACUUGCAUGCCCAUUUCCUCUUCUUCUCACACCUUUCUGAAGCAUAAUCACCUCCCUUUUUUGGGUGAUGUUUCGUCGAAGCCAUGUCUUCCUUUGAAAAGAAGAGGCAAUUUCACUACCAGAGCUUUACUCUCAUCUACCAAAGAAUCUGUCUUGAGGGAUUUUCAUGAACGAAGAGCUCUUAAGAUUAUCUCAGGCUUGCAGAAUUUUAAUAAAGACAACAUUGCUUCAGUGGUAACUGCUGCAGACAAGGGGGGAGCAACCCACGUGGAUAUAGCAUGUGACCCAGAGUUGGUGAACCUAGCUAUCAGCUUAACUUCUUGUCCGGUAUGUGUUUCUUCUAUAGAUCCUGCAACAUUUCCAGCUGCAGUUGAAGCAGGAGCGCUAAUGGUUGAGAUUGGAAAUUAUGAUUCAUUUUAUGAAAAGGACAUGAUGUUUACUCCAGAGCAGAUACUGGGUCUAACAAAGGAAACUAGGAGAUUACUUCCCUCCAUAGUUUUGUCUGUCACUGUUCCUCACACACUGAGCCUUCCAGAUCAGGUCAAGCUUGCUGAGUCACUGGAACAAGCAGGUGCAGAUAUCAUUCAAACUGAAGGAGGAAAAUGUUCAAAUCCUACAAAGUCAGGUGUUCUAGGCUUGAUUGAGAAGGCAACGCCUACUUUGGCUGCAGCAUAUUCCAUAUCUCGAGCUGUCAGGAUCCCUGUCCUAUGUUCAUCUGGGUUAAGUGCUGUCACGGCACCAAUGGCCAUCGCAGCUGGGGCUGCUGGUGUGUACUUGCUGAUCAACGUGGUUCUUAAUCACAGGGCGUGGGGUCUGCAGUGAAUAAGCUAAAUGACGUGGUUGCCAUGAUAGCCGAGGUCAGAAGCAUUGCUGAUUCACUAAAGACACCCUUCCAGAGACAAGCAGCUGCAGAAGAAGAAACUCAGAGACUUUUUUAGGACUGGGGAUUUAUGAUCCAUGAAUUAGGCUCAAGGUAGUGUUGUUAGAACUUAGAAGAGGAUAGAACAUGUGAUGGUAAUAUGAAUUCCCUAGAGGCUACAACAGGAAUAAGAAGUUAAGAUCUGCUAUAAUCUGUUUUACUUGUUCUCAAAUUCUUGUAUAUGUAAUGUAACUCCAAGCAUAAAAAUGCAUGCAUUAAUACUUUAACACA